GAUCCGACCGGUUAGUUGCUAUUUAGAACGCUAGAAGUGCGGACAGGGAGUGAACAAAAUAGAAUCAAUAUGGUCGUAAUAUAUCUACUGAUCGGUGCAGUCACAUUGCUAUAUGUCUACCUCAAGUGGACAUUUAGCUACUGGGAUCGAAAGGGUUUUCCCUCGACGGGAGUGAGCAUUCCUUUCGGUGCCAUGGAGUCCGUGGCGAAGGGAAGAAGGUCCUUCGGAAUGGCCAUCUACGAUAUGUAUCAGUCGACAAAGGAACCGGUGAUUGGAAUGUAUCUCACUCUGAGACCUGCUCUUCUCAUCCGAGAUGCUCAGCUGGCUCACGAUAUGUUGGUCAAGGACUUUGCCAGUUUCCAUGAUCGCGGGGUUUAUGUGGAUGAGAAGAACGAUCCCAUGUCCGCGAGUUUGUUCCAAAUGGAGGGAGCCAGUUGGAGGGCCCUACGAAACAAGCUGACACCCUCGUUUACCUCUGGAAAACUCAAGGCUAUGUUCGAGACCUCCGAUUCCGUUGGUGAUAAGUUAAUAGCCAGCAUGAAGGCACAACUGCCUGAAUCGGGCAGCAAGGAGCUGGAACUCAAGAAGCUAAUGGCAACCUAUGCCAUCGAUAUUAUUGCCACGACUAUUUUUGGCCUUGAUAUUGACAGCUUUGCAGAUCCCAACAAUGAAUUCCAGGCCAUAAGCAAAAAGGUGAAUCGUAAAAAUUUUGAAGAUAUUGUUCGUGGAGCUGCUGGUUUCCUCUAUCCCGGUCUGGAAAAGUUCUUUGUGCAAAUCGGCUGGAAACAGGAGGCCACAGAAAGGAUGCGCGAAUUGUCCCACAGAACCGUUGACCUCAGAGAGCAAAACAAUAUCGUGCGUAAGGAUUUGCUGCAACUCCUUCUGCAACUGCGAAAUCAGGGAAAGGUCAACACCGAUGAUACUGUUUGGUCAGCGGAGAGUACUAAAAAUGGAGUGAAAUCCAUGUCAAAGGAUGUGAUUGCCGGUCAGCUGUUUCUGUUCUACAUUGCUGGCUAUGAGACGACAGCCUCUACAACAUCCUUUACUCUCUAUGAGCUCACCCAAAAUCCUGAGGUGAUGGAAAAAGCGAAGGAGGAUGUCCGCAGAGCUAUUGAAAAGCACGGUGGAAAGCUGACCUACGAUGCUAUCUCGGAUAUGAAGUACCUGGAGGCCUGUGUUCUCGAAACUGCUCGUAAAUACCCUGCUCUUCCACUGCUGAACAGAGUCUGCACUCAGGAUUAUCCCGUGCCCGAUAGCAAACUGGUGAUCAAGAAGGGCACACCCGUUGUAAUCUCCCUUAUCGGAAUGCAUCGAGAUGCCGAGUACUUCCCCGAUCCAAUGAGCUAUCAACCAGAACGCUAUUUGGACGAGAACAAGGACUUCAACCAAGCGGCUUUCAUGCCUUUUGGCGAGGGGCCUAGAAUGUGCAUUGGCGCCCGCAUGGGAAAGGUGAACGUUAAGAUAGCGAUUGCCAAGGUUUUGUCGAAUUUCGAUCUGGAGAUCCGCAAGGAAAAGAAAGAAAUCGAGUUUGGAGUCAAUGGAGUACCGUUGAUGCCGAAAUCAGGUGUUCCAGUGCGUCUUUCCCUAAAGAAGUAGUCCCUAGUCAAAUUAAACUAUGUAAAUCUUAUAAUAAACCUGCAAUACGUAUAGAAAAUAUGGACAA